CUUUUGACACUUUCCCUCAAUCAGCGCAUCGGUAUGUACAGCGGUGAAUUAUGGUGCAGGUCACAAUUUGGUAACUAGACUGAAGAAUGUGAAAAGGGUACCUGUUUGUUCAAGUUCAAACAUGGCACGGACGCAUCUGAGGAUAUCCGUUCAGCUUCUCUCUCGGAGAUGUCAACAUACGAACACCGUACAACAAGAAAAGAUGUCUGAAAAAGUUAAACCAUUUCAAGAUGUCCCAGGACCACGUGGUAUCUACAAUAUCCCGUACCUAGGAACAGCAUUUCACUUUCACCCCUUUACUUCAAUCAAAGUGUCUGAAUUGCACAAACUGCUCCAGAAGUUUAAAAGUGAGUAUGGUGAUAUAAUGAAAUUCCGGACUGGACGUAGUUGGAUAGUUGUAGUGUCGAACCCGGAAUACUCCCAACGGGUACUGAGUAAGCCCGAGAAAUACCCAGUCCGACCAAUAAUCAACAUCCUAGACGUGUACUACAAAAGGAAGAGCUUGUCGCCUGGACUGGCUGUGUUACAAGGCAAGGAGUGGGGGAAUCUGCGAAAACCAGCAAACGACCAGAUGCUGAGGCCGAUGGCGGUGACGUCAUACAUACCCCUCCUCACACCAGUGGCAGAUGAUUUUAUUGCUAAAUAUAGGAGCACUCUUAAAAUAGAAGAUUGUUUAAAGACUCUGGUCAACUUUACCACAGAAAGUAUUGGGAUGCUCUGCUUCAAUAAACGUUUGGGGUGUUUAGAAGGAACAUCCAAACUUGAAUUUGUAGAAGACUUGGGAACGUUUUUCCAAGGUAUUGACGAAACAAAGAGACAUCUAAAACUGUACAGAUACUUUGAGACACCACUGUACAAGAAAUUUUCAAAAGCAGCAGACAAUUUGUAUAGGGUUGCACAGGAAGAAAUGCAAAAAUCAUUGAAAGAGAUGGAUCAACUGAAAACAGUAGGAAAAUUGGAAAAACAUUUGGAACAGCCCAAUCUUCUUUAUGCUCUGAUCUCCCACCCUGGGAUGACCCAUGGUAACGCCCAGAGCCUGAUUCUGGACUUAUUUGUAGGAGGCAUCGACUCAACGUCCAAUGCAUUGACGUUCCUUUGGCACGAACUGGCUUCAAAUCAGGACAAGCAAGAAAGACUUUUUCGAGAAAUAGACAGCGUAGUUGGAAAGGGCAACCUUAGUAAAGAGGCUCUGGUGGAUAUGCCUUACCUUAAAGCGUGCGUCAAAGAAUCUCUCAGGAAAAAUUACCCUCUCAGUGGUGGAAGUUUCAGACUAUUAAAUGAAGAAAAUAUCAUCGGAGGAUACCAGGUACCCAAAGGGACAGGUGUGAUGAUUUCUCUGAGAAACAUGUCCAAAAGUGCGAAGUUUUACAAAGAUCCUGAUCAAUUUAUUCCUGAACGAUUCCUCAGGGGUGACAACUCUGUGGACGUGGAAACCCGGCAUACCGAACCUUUUGCUUAUCUCCCCUUUGGUUUCGGACCACGUAGUUGUAUUGGACAAAGAUUCGCAGAAAGUGAGAUCUACAUCAUCACAACCAAGCUCAUUCAAGCAUACCAUAUCUCGCUGACACCGGAAGUGCCCAAGGAAUUAGAAUAUUCCUACAGGAUUUUUGCUUGUCCAACAACCAAAGUUAACCUUCAGCUGAGGGAACGACAUUGAAAACGCGAAGAAACCUAGCAGACAGAUAUAUUAAUAGUUGGACUAAUACCACAUAAUGUACUAUAUAUAUGUAGUUGUUUACUACCUUAAUAUUGCAAAUUUUUAGAUUGUCACAUCCAAUGCAAAAUGGACAUUACAAUGAGAUUUCAUAUUUUACAUGAUACUCGUUCGAUUUUGUAGUAUGAAUUAUAAUGAUAUGUUGCAAUGUUUCAUUAAUAUUAUUUUCAUAUCUUUAAUCUACACUAAGUGGAGUUUUUAUUUUAAACAGUUUUACGUAA